CAGCGGCGGUGGAGCUGGAGGUGGAGGUGGAGGACCUUCCAUACAGACUCAGCGUGGAGGACACGUCCAGCAUGGUGCACCUCGCAGUCUGGUUCCUUCUGCUCGGCUCGGUGCGGUGGCGUCCCAGCCGCGGUGCUGCAGGUCACUCUCUGCCCGGCUGCCUCUUGCAGCUGGAGCAUAAGUGCGGCGAUGGUUCGUGCAUCCCGAGGUCGACGUUGUGCGAUGGACGCGCAGACUGUGAGGAUGGUUCGGACGAACAACACUGCAGUCAUGUGUGGUGUAACAAAGAUGAAUUCACAUGCCGCAGCAGACGGUGCAUAUCCACACGUUUCUUAUGCAACGGCGUUGACGACUGUGGCGACGGCAGCGACGAGGCAUCCUGCCAGAUCUGCACCACGGGCCUCUUCUCCUGCGGUCCGUUUGACGUUUGCCUGGCCAGUGACAAGCUGUGUAAUGGACGGGCCGACUGCAAGGACGGACGGGAUGAGACCCCGGAGCUGUGUGGGUGGACCCAGCCUCGGCCACAGAGCUCUCGCACAUGUGCAGCUUCCGAGUUUCCGUGUGGAGACGGGCGGUGUAUCAGCCAGACCUGGAGGUGUGACCACGCACCCGACUGCUCUGACGGCAGCGACGAGGACAGUUGUGAUCAGAAUGAGUGUCUGGUAAACAACGGGGGCUGCUCUCAUGGCUGCGAGGACCUGAAGAUGGGUUUCGUCUGCCACUGCCCGGAGAACAUGAGGCUGGUCGGGGACAGUCAGUGCGAGGAGGAGGACACAUGCCUGAAGACUGAUGUGUGCGAUCAACUGUGUGUUCACGUGAACGGCAGCUUCGCCUGUGACUGCCUUGAGGGCUACAGCAUGAAUCCAACCACCAGAGAGUGCAAAGCCAAAGGAAAUCAGGCUGAGGUGGUUUUCAUCUCCUCUAAAGGAGCACAAUGGAUGAGCGUGACUGGCACAGAGCACAGGGAACUGGCCCCACAUUUAUCAGGGCCGGGGCCUGUGGCGGCUUUGGCCUCAAACCGCACACUGUACUGGGCCCGGCGAGGACGAGGCGCUAUAUACAGGGUCUCCAUGGAUGGAAAACCACAGGAUGCCACAUUGCUGCUGAAAGUUAAAGGUUCGGUGUCGGGCCUGGCUGUGGACUGGAUCCACCAGCUCCUCUACUGGUCCGGCGUGGAGAGUGGUUCGGUGAACGUCGGCCUGCUGGAUGGUUCGACACAGCGUCCGCUCAUCACAGGCCUGGACAAACCUUCUGCUGUGGCUGUGGAUCCUCUCAGAGGGUUUCUCUUCUGGGCUCAAUGUGGCAGCUUCCCGAAGAUCGAGAGAUCUGGCUUGGACGGCCGUGACACUGUGGCCCUGGUCACUUCCUCGAUACGCUGCCCUGGUGCCCUCUCUGUAGAUAUGCCUCGUCAGCUGCUGUACUGGGCUGACCAGAGAAGCAUCUCCAGAGUAAAUUUUGAAGGCCGUGAUCGUAAAACAGUGGUAGAGUCUAAUGGUUAUCUGGACCGACCCUUCGGACUGGCUGUGUUUGAGGGUUUUGUGUAUUGGAGUGAAGAAGUCACGCACUCCAUCUGCAGAGCAAACAAGCACAACGGCAGCCAACUUCGAGCACUGCUGACAAACGUAACGUCGCCGGGGGGUGUGGUCGUGGUUCAGCCCGUCCUCCAGCCCCAUGGAUGGUCUGUGUGUGGACGUGCCGGGGCGGUGUGCCGGCACGAGUGUGUGGUCGACCUGCUGCCCGAGAGUCCACAGUUCAGCUGCGUUCUUCAAGACACUGGACAAAAUGAUUCUCAAGAAACUCCUGCUGUCUCUCGCUCUGUUCCUGCCUCGAGUUUAUCUGAUCCGGCAUUCACCGGAAUCCUCUCCCUCAUCAUUUUUCUCAGUUUGCUGCUGGUGGGGAUUGCUGUGUGGUGGUGGAAAGAGGAGUUCAGUCCAUCCAGGCCUCUCACUGUGCAGAGUUUCUACCUCAACGAAUCUCAGGACCCGCUCAUCAUCCAGGGGCGAAGGAAACUCGGCUAUAAGCUGGCCUUGGACGGGGAACGAAGAAAGUGUGACACAGACGACCAGCUGACCGGGCUUCACCUGGUGCUUCUCAACCCCCCGGACCGAACGACCUGACGGCGAACUCGGCGGAUCACAACUCCCCCUGGAGGUUAAAUCUCCGGAGAGGUGACCUGGUGGUAGAUGAGUGAGAUCGGAAAGGGGAAAGUCCUUUGAACACUCAUUCCUGUUGUACCUUCUGUUCUGGAGGAGUAUUACAUUCAGCCCUUUUACCUCUACUGUAGAUUAUCCUUGUUGUUUAAUGCCAUUGUCAAUUUUGAUUCUGAAACAGGUCAACAAGCAUUCAUCUAUUUAUUUGUUUGUGUUAAAUAUUAAUAUGGAUAAAAUAUUUGGCUUAAUUUUUAAAGCAUAAAAUUCUCAAAGAUGACCAAUGGAAAAAGAAUCCGUUCGGAUUAGAGAUUAAUUUAUUAGUUGACUGAUCGAUAGAUCUUCAACGAACUGAAAUGAAUUUGCAUAUUUUCAUGACUGAUUAGCUGAUUUCAGAUGAGAUUUUUCAGCUUUUCUUUCAAAUUUGAGAGUAAAAUGAAAUUAUCUUUGGGUUUUGCACUGUGGAUCAGACAAAACAAGCAGUUAGUGUUCUGCUGGGAGUGGUGACAAAUUAAUUUCACUGUUCUCUAGAGUGUCAUAGAGGGAAAGAAUCAUUGAGGAAAAUAAUGACUCGUUACAAUUCCACUUUAUUUUUUGUCACUUUACUUUUUACGAUUGAUUGGAGUAGUUGUGAAUAGUAGAAUCUCCUUCUAACAAAUAUGUUUAGUUCUUGACCUUCAGGUUUGUCAGUAUUCAAUUCAAUUCAAAACAACUUUAUUUUCCCCCGGAGGGAAAUUCUAUGAAACUGUAAUCUGUAAAAAAGAAGCUUUAUUGUUUUAAAAACUUUGCCCAAUUAAGGAAAAUCAUUCUACACUCUCCCAAAAGUGCACUUGACUGAGAAAAUGUUCUUUAUUUUUAUUACAGUGUAAGAAUACUCUCUAUUUAUUUUACACAUGGCCUUAAUAUUUUGUGUGCAAACUGCUGCCUUUGUACAAUAUUCAUCCAUCAAUUCAAAGUAUUUAUGUAAACUGAACUUUUAAAGGUCAAUGAAUAGAUGAAAACACUGGGUUUUACUCUCACUGGGAUUUCCUCAUCUGGAGUUGUGGCAAAAUAGCAUCCUUCGGUUUCAAUUAUCCAUCAGAGGAGGAUCUGGUACGGCUUUUCUUAUAGUUUUUACUGAAUACUACUGAAACUGCUUCGGCUUGUCCUCUGUCAGAGGAAGGGACAGGUAAUCAAGGUUAAUUGUUUUUUUGUUUUUUUUUGUCUUUGAAUGUCGGGAAAUGCGUGAUGCUGAUAUCAAGUCCACCUUCCUCCAUCUCUGCAGCCCGGCCUCUGUAGCUUCAUAUCGACUGUGCAGACAUGAGAGAUGUAACAAUCUUCUUUUCUAACUGUAAGAAAGUAAAUCAGCGUCUUCCCCACAUUUCAAACUAUUGCUUUUAAAGAAAUAAAAAAAAUAUGAAGUGUAGCUUGUUCAGAGACAAUAACACUGUACGUGUAGUCAGUGUUAGGAGUUUGAGUAGAGAGACAUGGGAACAAAUGUGUGUGUUUUGGUUAAAUGUCUCCUAGAGGUUUUGAUUUGCUCGUGAAUGUUUGAUGGACGUAACUUGUCUGAUGUCCAGUCUCCUUGUGUUCUUUUUUUUUUCUGAAGAUUCUGUAUGAGUGCUCAAACGGUGUGAGUUUCGCUGUUGGUAUUUAUUUCAAAGGAAGAGUUUUAUUUAUAUUUGGGCGGCUUCACAUUCAUUGAUGAACUGUGUUUGCGCCACGUGGGAUUCGCUUGAAUGAUGAAAUUCACAAUGCACAUGAAAUAAAUAUCGAAAGUAUUUCA